ACACUGCCUUCCCUUCCCCUCCUCUCUCCGUCGGUUAUUGUGAAGAGAUUGAACGAUGAGAUCGCUCGCGUUCGCUGCCAUCAGUGCCGCCCUAUAGAGACCCCCAGCCCCGAGGCUCGAACACAACGACCCCACCCCCGCUCCAAGAGGGACGGAGCGCAAUCAAUUGAGGCACGGAGAAAAAACCCUGUUCUGACCCGGCUUUAUUUGCCCUCAAUCCGGGCCUCAUGCUGUAGCAGACUGAACGAGCGAGAGCGAGAGACAAACAUACAGAUUGAGUCGGCGAGGGACAGGGCGGAAUAGAGGAGAAGGGAUUGUUCAUUCGGCUCUAGACAUGGGAUGUACACUCAGCGCUGAGGAGCGCGCUGCUCUGGACAGGAGCAAAGCCAUCGAGAAAAACCUGAAGGAUGAUGGAGUCACUGCCGCAAAGGAAGUGAAACUGCUACUGCUUGGGGGAGGAGAAUCGGGCAAAAGCACCAUCGUCAAACAGAUGAAGAUUAUCCAUGAGGAUGGCUUUUCUGGGGAUGAUGUGAAGCAGUAUAAGCCUGUGGUCUACAGCAACACCAUCCAGAGUUUGGCUGCCGUCCUCCGAGCUAUGGACUCUCUGGGCAUCGAGUACGCAGACAAGGACAGAAAGGCGGAUGCUAAGCUGGUGUGUGAUGUGGUCACUCGUAUGGAGGACACAGAGCCCUACUCAGCAGAGCUGCUGACAGCUAUGAAGCGUCUGUGGGGUUUCGACCCUGGUCUCCCCAACCGUUCCUGGGAGCCCUGGGGCGGCGGGGCCCUGUGGGGGACGGCUUGUUGGAAGGGCUUGGAGCCAGAAGAUGGUCACCAGAAGCCAGAGGCCAAGACCAGGACGAGGGAGCCCAGGGGAGAUGAAGGGGCCGUGGUGGCAGAACAGAAGGGGCUUCACGAGGCACAGGGAGCGUCUAAUCUUCACUGGGUCCUUCACACCUUACUUCACACACACUUCAUACUACUCACAAACACACCACACAUAUUCUCAAACAUGCAUCUCAUCUGUCUUAUUUGGUAUUUUCUGCAGAAUCGCAUGCACGAGUCCCUCAUGCUCUUYGACUCUAUCUGUAACAACAAGUUCUUCAUCGACACCUCCAUCAUCCUCUUCCUCAACAAGAAGGAUCUKUUCGAGGAGAAGAUUAAGAAGUCACCACUGAGUAUCUGUUUCCCUGAAUAUACAGGUGCUAACACUUAUGAUGAUGCUACCGCAUACAUUCAGGUGCAAUUUGAGAGUAAGAGCCGUUCGCCCAACAAGGAGAUCUACUGUCACCUGACCUGUGCCACUGACACAGGAAACAUCCAGGUAGUGUUUGACGCAGUCACUGACAUCAUCAUCGCCAACAACCUGAGGGGGUGUGGCUUAUACUGAGGCCUAGCCCUGCACAGAGGUUGCAUUGGAGGGCGUGAGGUGGUUAAUAAUAAUAAUAAUUUUGAUGAUACUAAAAGGCAUAAUUAUGUAAAUCUACACGUCCAAAGGGACUCAAAGAGCUGCCGCCAGACACCACGACGGAUUCUUUGCCAUGUUUUGUUCCUCUAUUCCUUUUUUUAAUUUCAGAAUUCCACCACCCCUCUUUUGUUUAUUUGUUAUCAACAUGUGUUUCCUAUUGAAUGUCUUUCAUGUUUUGUUGAUUGUGUGAACAACUGUAAGAUGUAAAUCAGAAAAGGGGAGGUCCAAGGGGUAUAUUCUGUUUUCGUGCCAUGUUUCGCAACAAAUUAGAUAGAAAUGUUAUGCAUAGAGCGGAGAAGGUCCUCUUUUCCUUGCGAUAGAGAUUUGUGUCAGUUCUAUACAUUACAUCUCUAUCUGCAACAUCCAGAACAUUGAGCCACAAUGAAUGUACCCCUCGGUGCUCCGUUUGCAGAGGUGAUGUUGUGCUCUAGGUGAUGAUGUAAUAGGGGAGGUACUGGUGGCUGGGGCUCGUAGUGGGGGUUCUGUCCAGCGUUGGAUAGAACCCCCCUCUGUUGGACUCACACAGGGCUGCUCUACAUGAGCUCCUUCUGCUCUGUUUUAUUCCUCUCUCUUUCAAACAUCCAGAAGGGGGGGGGGGGGGUUCUGUUCUUAAUGGCAGGCUCUGCCAUUGGCCUCCUGCAGUGUGAUGAAAUGCCUGUCAGCCAAUGAUAUAUCUGUGUCGGGAAAGUGUGAUAUCAAUGCCAACCUUCUGAGCAUGACAGAUAAGGGAAUAGAAUUAGAGAUCAUUGAUCACUUUCACACUAUCUUUACAAUAUAAUGCAAUUGAAGGGACACAAACGCUUUAUUAUCAUCAAAUUAUCUAUGUAUUUUAUUUCAACCUCAUGCCCUCCAUGCUUCCUCCUACCUCCUAGAAUCCCGUGCCACAUAUUUAUUUCCUGUCCUGUCAGACCGGUGGAACACCACUUCCUGUCUCAGUCUCAGAGGGUCUAGAGCUGCUCUGAUGGACCGUCUCAAAUGUCACCUCCCAUGUAGUGUACUACUUCUUCAAAAGUAGUACAUAAUAUGGGGAAUAGGUUAUCAUUUUAGACUUGCACACUCAAGUCCACUGGUCAGUGAUGUAUCAUAUGGUUGUCUCCUGGUCUCCUCUCACUUAUCACUUAUCACUGAGAUGAAAGGACUGGAUAGGUUUCCACCGUGUUGUUUUCACUCACUAGUCCAUACAGAUUUGUAGUUUUAGGAGAGGACAGCCACAGACCACUGACCAGUCUCUCUGCUUGUUCAAAAGGGUCUUCCUAGGUGCUCUUUAUGUAAUAAAACAUUAAUAUGUGAAUGCGCAGUUAUUUGGAAGUUGAGGUAAUUUGUAGAUUAGAUAAGCCACACAGUGCUUAGCUCAGGAUGACCCUUGUGAGCAAGCAUGCUGAAUUCCAAAUCCAUUCAUACUACCCUCUCUAGGCAUUUCUGUAGAUUUGAAAGGAUUUGAUUGGUUUAACCUUUUCAUGUCCAUAAUGGAAAUGUAUAAUAUUCUUUAGUACACAUGUUCUCUGAGUUUACUGAUGGACAAAUCAGAUUUUUUUUUACAUCGGCCACAGAGUUUGUCUACAAUGUGAGUUUUUGAUAUUGUACUAUAUUUAGUCUUUGGACACAUGGGGUUACUGGUUUUCACACAUUUCAUUAAUCAAGUCCUGUAAAUACAUGUUCAAUUUAUCAGAUCUUUUACAUUUUUGACAUAUAGAUUGUCCGGACCAAUAUAUAAAUAUAUGAAAACAAUACCUAAAGAAAUCCACACACACACACACACACACACCCCUAGAGUGCAUGCAGUAUAAGCCCAUCAAAUGCAAGUCAAUAGAGACUGGAGAGUGAGUGAUUUUACAGCAUUGUCCCUCUUUCUCAGAUCUUAAACAUGUUCACAUCUUAAUCAUUUUUGCUAUAUAGAUUGUCUGGACCAAUAUAUAAAUAUAAAAACAAUAUCUAAAGAAAUCCAUACACACUCCUAUAGUAUAUUAUACAGCAUAAGCAAAUCAAAUGUAAGUCAAUGGCGAGUGAGGCCUGCUACAGCAUUCUCCCUCUUUCUCUCCCUCUCUCACAAGCACACGCCUGUGUAUACACACCACAGACAUCAAUGCACACCUGUGUGUGUGUAUGUCUGUGGUAUGUGUGUGUGUGAUAAAAUUACUCCAUUGAWUUUGCUUAUACUGCAUAUACUCUAGGGUUGUCUGUGUGAGAGGGUGUGGAUUUCUUUACAUAUUGUUUUUGUAUUCAUAUAUUGGUCUAGAGAAUCUAUAUAGCAAACAUUAUUAUGAUCUGAACAUGUUUAAGAUCUGAGAAAGAGAGAACAUGUUGUAAAAUGUUUCUCUCUGCAGUCUCCAUUGGAUUUGCAAAUACUGCAUGUACUCUAGAGGUGUGUGUGUGAGAGAGUGAGUGGAUUUCUUUCGAUAUUUUCAUAUUUAUAUUGGUCCGGACAAUCUAUAUACCAAAAAUGAUUAAGAUCUGAUCAUUUGAACAUGACAUGAUUCGUGUAAUGUGUAAAAUACAGUAACCCCAUGUGCCCAAAGACUAAAUAUAGUACGAUACAGAAAUGGCUGUAGUUCACAAACAACGAGUUGAAUCAUCUAUUUGGCAUAUUUGGGCUUAAACGGGUCAAAGAACAAUACUUUAUGCUUUUAAAAUAUAUAAUUCUGAAAUGUAUUUCAAAAUACAUAUGCUGAAGUCAUUUUAAUGAUUAUUGUCACAAAAUCCCAAUUUUGGAGGUAUGAUAGAUAAUGACAAUCUUAAAACGUCAAUGUGGCCUGUCUAGACACUUGUACUAACUAUGUUAUCACCAAAUGUAAUGCAUUUACACCAAAUAGAAUUUGUUCAGUGGCACAUUUUGAUAUUGUACUAAAUAUAGUACAUGGAGGUGAAUGGGUUAGACAAUAUGGUAAUUGUGUCACCUUCUCUUCUGAUAGAGGGGGUGGUAUUUUUGCCAAAUUGCUUAUAUAUAUAUAUAUACACAAUCGUUUUAGAUCUACAGACAUGUCCAAGCGGCAGGGGCUGGGGUAGAGUUGGAAUUCAGCAGCAGUCUCUCAGUGGGGAGUUUGGGUUAACCCUAACCCCUAYCCCCUGACCUCUUAACCCUGAGCAGGCCACAGUCAAACCCCGGCUGUCACGUUCUCUCUUUUCACAGAGGAAAAGUACUGCUCUCCACUCAUUCACCUGUGCAC